CCAAGGAGGGGACGCGCACGCGUGGGGGGAAUCCGGAGCGUAUCGCCUCGCCCGCACUGGGAGAAGCGGCGAUCAGAGGCGGAUUCGAUUCGGGGGGCGGCGACCCACCCUCCCGUAUCGCCCGCCCGCCCUCCCGUCCCGCCACCCAAAUCCACGCAUCGCGUAUCCACCAUUUGGUUAGCAAGCAAGCAAGCUGCGUUCUCAACUAGAACUCUAGUCGUCGUUGCAGUCUCCGAGAUUCGACCGCAGGGGCAGAGUUGUUGUUAGUUGGUGACAAGGCAACCGCGAGAAUCGUCGUCAUCAGCUGGAUUGGAUUGGAUCCGAUGAUUCCAUUUCCUGGCAGUCCCUUCCCUGGCAGUUGGUAGCGAGAUAUCUGCAGAUUGGCGCUGCUGCAGCAAGUGCACCAGAACAUACUGUGAGUUGCGCAAACAGAACACUGUUAUCCCUAGCUAACAAUACAUAGUAUACUCUAUCGGGAGUUGGGAUUGCAAGCAAGUGGUUUACAGCGGCAGCAGAUCUUAAUCCGUUUUUUUACUAACGACGACUUGCGGCAGCGAACUGGGAGGCCAAACCUGAAGAGAAAAGAUACUCACUCACCAGAUCGCCAAAACGAUCCGUCCGUAUCUUUCAGCUGGUCAGCACAGCAAGCGAACAAACCAAGAACCAACUCAUAGAGCCAGAUACGAUAGCAGCAGUAGGAAAAGGGAGAGGGAACAAGAGGAAAUGGUGGACCCUUUGACGAAGGGCGGGCCUGCUCAUGAUGCUCUUUUGCCUCUGCUUGGUGCCCGGGUGCUCUCCCUCUCUUCUAUUCUAUUCUAUUCAAUUCUUCUGUGGAGAUGGAGUCAAUUCCUGGCAAGAUUUGGAGCAAAUCCGCACCGGAUCUUGCUUUUCCAUGCGCUGGGAUUUUCUUAGUCAUCACACCCCUUUCCUCCCUCCCUUCACUUUCCAUCAUAUCUCCUGGAAUCCUUUCAUGUGCCUGUAUAUAUAUAUACCAACUCAACCACACCCACACCCACACCCACACCCUUCAAAAGGCAGGCAAAGCCUCUCAUGCCAAGCACGCGGACCUCCCUGCUUUUAGUCUCCUCUGCAACUCCUCCUCUCUGCAGCUGCUCCUAGCAUCCUCCUCCUUCCUAGUCACUAGUCAGGAGCAAAGAACACGAGCAGGAGAACACAGCAGGGAGUCCAGAUCAGCUCUCUUGUUUCUUCCAUGGCGGUGGCCACAGAGACCCCGUUCCAUGUCCUGGCCGUGGAUGACAGCCUCCCGGACAGGAAGCUCAUCGAGAGGCUCCUCAAGACCUCUUCCUUCCAAGUAACCACUGUCGAUUCCGGGAGCAAGGCUCUGGAGUUCCUGGGGAUCCAUGGCGAGGACAGCAGCCCACCAGUUUCCGUUCACGAAGAUCAGCUGGAGGUUGCGGUGAAUCUGAUCAUCACAGACUACUGCAUGCCUGGCAUGACAGGAUAUGAUCUGCUCAAGAAGAUCAAGCAGGAAUCAACAUCUCUAAGAGACAUCCCAGUGGUGAUCAUGUCGUCCGAGAACAUUCCUUCAAGGAUCAAUAGAUGCCUGGAGGAAGGAGCGGAUGAGUUUUUCCUAAAACCAGUGCGGCUAUCAGACAUGAGCAAGCUGAAGCCCCACAUACUGAAAAGCAGAUGCAAGGAGCACUACCAACAGGAGCAGCACCAGCAAAGCGACAGCAGCAGCAACGAAUGCAGUAACACCACGAACAGCAGCAGCAGCAGCGAAAACAGCAACAGCCGCAAGAGAAAGGCAGAAGACAACGAAGAAGUUUUGCCCCAGACAAAUAGAUCAAGGCACAGUUAGCUGCAAACUGAUUAUAGGAGAAUUAACCCCCUUUUCUCCCUUGCCUUUUUGUUUUACUUAGAUUUUGGCCUACUGAUUUGUAACACAGGCGUUAACCAUCAUUUGCAAAAUAUUAUGAACUUCUUCAAUAGAAUCAAGUGAUUCUGCAA